GGAGCAGGACGCACUGAGGCGCACGUCGGCUUUUUCAUAUAUAUAAUAUAUAUAUAUAUAAUAAAGAGGAACUUCACAGAUUAAGUAAAAAAAAGAAGAGACAAUGAAUCCAGUUUGCUGUUUCUCUCUGUUUCUACUGCUUCAUCUCACAGGAGCCAAAUCUGUCCCCGACCUACAGAGUUUGAAGCAGAUUCUGGAGGAUUUCAACACCGCGCCGUAUUAUUCCUCAGAGGAGAUGGAGAGGGAGGCGAGAGAUGGACACAACAAGUCGGAGUUUGGAGCUCCGGAGAAACACUCCUGGGACUGGGAGUCCUCGGACCCGAGCAACUCUGCUCUGCCUGCAGAAGAAAACGUCCUGACGCGGCUGUUUAAAGACCUGAUGAGAACCUCCAAGCGCGCGUCGAGCCGGUACAAGAAGGGCGGACUGAGGAGCUGCUUCGGGGUCCGGCUGGAGAGGAUCGGCUCCUUCAGCGGGCUGGGAUGCUGAAAGUAAGGAGCGUAGAGAGGCGUCCACAGGAGUCGAGAGCCCUCGGUCCCACCGUCUACAUCAAGUCAUCGUCGUCUCCAACACUGGAGCUCUUCUCACAGUCGUCCGUCUACGACUCACUCACUACUGUCAUGUCUUUUACCUGUUGAAUAUAUACUGUAUAUAUAUAUACACAUACAUAUGUAUACAAUAAAUUAUUGUAAAUGUA